ACUCGGGGAUAAUGAAAAGGCGCUAGUUUUAGAUUUAAAAAUGAUUUUUGAUUGGCUAUUUGGAAAGGCCCUCGUUUCUGAUUGGAGUACUCAAUAUCGUAUGGGGAACAGGCAAACCGGGUAGUAGUUUGUGACGCCUGAAAGUGAAGUUUUCAGUCUGGUCGGCUCUCUCGCUAUAUAAGUCUCCUGAUUCGGUCGCUGCAGCACAUUUUCUUCAGUUCUUUGUUGGGAGUCUAGGUGGAGAUGUCUGGUCGUGGCAAAGGCGGGAAGGGUCUCGGCAAAGGGGGUGCUAAGCGCCACCGGAAAGUGCUGCGAGAUAACAUCCAAGGCAUUACGAAGCCGGCUAUUCGCCGCUUAGCUCGUCGGGGAGGUGUCAAGCGUAUCUCGGGCUUGAUCUACGAGGAGACCCGUGGGGUGCUGAAGGUCUUCCUGGAGAAUGUCAUCAGGGAUGCCGUGACUUAUACCGAGCACGCAAAAAGGAAGACGGUGACCGCCAUGGACGUGGUGUACGCCUUGAAGCGCCAAGGGCGCACCCUGUACGGAUUUGGGGGCUAAGCUUCGAAUCUAACAAUACAACAAACCCAAAGGCCCUUUUAAGGGCCA